AUGGAAUCCGAUAUGAACAUCAAUCGAUUAAAAGCAGGAGAAUUAAACUUAGGUACUUCUAUCAUGGCAGUAGCUUUCAAUGGUGGUGUAGUGAUCGGUGCUGAUUCUAGAACAACAAGUGGUUCUUACAUUGCUAAUCGAGUCACUGAUAAACUCACUCAUAUUCAUGAUCGAGUUUAUUGUUGUCGAUCUGGUUCGGCUGCUGAUACUCAAGCUGUAGCUGAUUAUGUUCAUUUAUAUUGUCAAAUGUAUACCAUGGAACACGGUCAUGCUCCUUCUGUUCAUACAGUCGGAACUCUUUUUCAACAAAUCUGUUAUUCCAACAAAGAUAAUCUUUCUGCUGGAAUCAUUGUUGCAGGAUGGGAUUCACAAUUAAAGAAUGGUUCGGUUUACAAUAUUCCAUUGGGAGGUGGAAUUUUUCAACAACCUUGGGCUAUUGGUGGAAGUGGAUCGACUUAUAUUUAUGGUUAUUGUGAUUCGAAUUAUCGUGAAGGUUGGAGUAAAGAAGAAACGGUUGAAUUUGUUAGAAAUGCUUUGGCAUUAGCUAUGUCUAGAGAUGGAAGUUCUGGAGGUACGAUUAGGAUGGCUAUCAUUACAGAAGAUAAUGUAGAAAGGAUGUUUGUACCUGGAGAUAAAUUACCUACGUUUUGGGAAAAAUCAUGA